GAGAAGGAAGCAUUAGAAGAAAUUCGCCGGCGGAGAGAGAGAGAGAGAGAAAGAGACGCUGCAAAUAACUGCGUAAUCGACCUUUGAGAUGGAGCAACCAGGUACGAGUGUGGACGAAUCUCCUGCCCUGAAGCAAGCAGACGAAACUCCACUUAUCAGCAAGACCCAUACCAAAGAUUUCUUCUUUUUUAAGGGUGAUGACCUUUUACCAGCUAUAGAGGACCUCCAAAUUGCAGGAGAACCUUAUCCUGGACAUGAACUUCAGGCUUGUGGUUACUCCAUUAAUGGAACUACAAGUUGUAAUUUUGAGUGGGUAUGUCAAUUUCGUCUAGAAGAUAGAUCUGUGAAUUACAUUGAUGGAGCAAAGCAGCCAAAUUACCUUGUCACUGCUGAUGAUGUUGAUUCAUAUCUUGCUAUUCAAGUUCAGCCUUUGGAUGACCAGAACCGAAAGGGGGAGCUUGUGAAGGUUUUUGCCAAUGAUAAUCGCAAGAUCGCUUGCCAUCCAGAGAUGCAGAGCAAUAUAGACAAGACUCUUCAUACUGGUCAUGCUUCAUACAAAGUUUCUCUUGCCACUGGUUUCCAGGGUAUAUGGGAAGCAGCUACGUUAUCUAUUAAGAGGGAAGGUUACACCAUCAAGUCUGAUAACGAUCUCACAAUUGCAGAAAAUUUCUCAGCUUCUACUGCUGUAACAAUUCCGUUUGGGAAACCUGGAGAACUUGUUAUCAUUGGUUCUGAUGGUAGUGAGCAUUGCUUACGAGCAGAUAAUGGAUUGACAGACCUUGUCGGCUCAAGAGAUGAAAUAGUACUCACCCUGAGAUUAUUUAUCAAGACGGCUCUGCAGAGAGGAAAAAAGGGUUUUAAGAUUGGUGAUGUCUUAAGUAUGUGCUGUUAGUUGAGUAUGUUGUCGUAUUUGGACAACAAUGAUUAAGGUAAUAAGGUUUUUGAGCAGAAGCUCUGAAGCUAAUGAGGAAGGAGAAAAAGAUAAGGAAGAUGAAAGGAUAUAUGAAAUAAAUUGAGUUUUGUUCU